AUGGAGGAUUAUAAAUUUCUGUUUAAAGUUGUAUUAGUUGGAAACGCUGGUGUGGGUAAAACAUGUUUAGUGCGUCGUUUCACACAGGGUCUGUUUCCUCCAGGCCAAGGCGCAACUAUUGGAGUAGAUUUUAUGAUUAAGACUGUAGAAGUGGACGGCGAGAAAGUGAAGCUUCAAAUUUGGGACACAGCAGGGCAAGAAAGGUUUAGGUCUAUAACUCAGAGCUACUAUAGAUCAGCCCAUGCUCUUAUUCUAGUGUAUGAUAUAUCUUGCCAACCAACAUUUGACUGUUUGCCUGACUGGCUCCGUGAAAUUGAAGAAUAUGCUAACAACAAGGUGCUAAGGAUUUUAGUUGGUAACAAAACUGACAGAGAAGAUAGAGAAAUACCAAGGCAUAUAGGGGAGGACUUUGCACAGCGACAUGGAAUGUAUUUCCUUGAGACGUCAGCCAAAGAGGCUGAGAAUGUGGAACGGUUGUUCAUGGAAAUUGCUGUUGAAUUAAUGGAGCAAGCUAAGUGUAAGGAGCUGCCCAAAUACGAUGGCAGCUUAGGCCCUAUAAAUGGAAAGACUACAUCGGUGGGCGACAGUUCUUGUUGUCUCCGCUCUUAA